AUGAAGGGCUUCCAUUCGCUCUUGCUCCUGGUGGUCUCUCUCAGUUUUGCUGUUUCUUAUGCAGCUCCAAUAAAAGUGCUGGAUUUCUACCUCCACGACAAGGUCGAUCUAACCAAUCCCAGCAAUUCCACGGUGGUUUUAGUUGCAGGCCCCAAAAAUCUCCAGUUUGGAGCGGUGCUUGUCAUCGACGAUGUUCUCACCAAGGGCCCUUCCCGUGACUCCGAGAUUGUGGGGAGAGCCAAAGGGACGUAUAUCAGCGACGAUUCCACCAACACCACAACCGGUUUGUUCUUGACAUUUGUGGCUGUGUUCAAGGAUGGGACGAUGAGCAUGUACGGCCAAGACAACAUCUUCGAUGAAGUCCGAGAGCUUGCAGUGAUUGGAGGCACCGGAGCCUACAGAUUUGCGUCGGGGUAUGCGCAGAUUAGGACCUACAAGCUCAUUCCGCCACUUUCGGCAAUCUUAAAGAUUCGAGUGUUUUACAAGAACUGA